UCGAUUCAAAGGGUUAAGAGUUUAAAGUUUACAACGCAAACCAUGAAGUUAGUUCUGCUUACACUUUUGGUGGCGAGCGUCACAGUCUUCGCGGUAAAUGGACAAUACAGUCAAGUCUGGGGUCACAGUGGACAAUAUCCGGGUCAUGUUCAGCAAAGUUUUGGCCAGCGACCAAUCCAUGGCCAGCAAUAUCCGGGUCAUGUUCAGCAAAGUAUUGGCCAGCGACCAAUCCAUGGCCAGCAAUAUCCGGGUCAUGUUCAGCAAAGUAUUGGCCAGCGACCAAUCCAUGGCCAGCAAUAUCCGGGUCAUGUUCAGCAAAGUAUUGGCCAGCGACCAAUCCAUGGCCAGCAAUAUCCGGGUCAUGUUCAGCAAAGUAUUGGCUAUGGCCGGAAACAUGGCAAUGGAAUCAAUACUAAAGGAUGAAAACGAUGCGAACGAAACAGUUUUUAAACGUUGAUAGGCUGGGCAAUGAAACAAAAAAAAAACAUCUCAAGUUAUAUCUAACUAUUUUAAUAAAAAUAAAACAAGGAUUUGGUUACGAACACUC